AAAUUCUGUCAAAAACACAAAUUCAGAUUAAUUCAAAAAGUAACAAAGAGGAGAAAUAUCUCUACAAAAUAUUUUAGAGAAAAUAUGAUCAAAAUAUUUUUCUUUUUACUGUUAUCAUUCCUAGCAAUAAAUAAUUUUAUUGUGAAAGGGUUAGAAGUAGUCUACUAUUAAGAUUUUACUUCUGAUCUUUCCUGCUCUAAUCUAUUUAGCUAGUAUUGGUCUAUAGUAUCUGAUUCUUAUUCCGGAGGAGGUUGCUAAUAUUAAUGUGAAAGAUCAGAUAAUGGAAACUCAGCUGAUAUAUUAUCACCAGAUAUGUCUAGUUAUCCUAAUGGAAUAUAAAUGAUAAAAUCUAUUACCAAACCCUAUUCAUUUUUUGGUGUUGAUUUAGUUUAUUUAAUGAAAGAUGAUCCCUUAAAUAUGAGUAUAUUUGAUGGAAAUACUUCUUUAUUCAGUUAAAAUUACAGCGGGGCUAGUACAGGUACUAACGUAGAAUAUAAUUAUAGCCUAUAAUGUUCUAUUUGGUCUGGAUAUAUGUAAGUAAGUAAGGAAAUAGUUUAACUGAAUUAAUCUCUCACAUCAAAUACUAUUAAAGUGUAGUUUGUAUAACAUGUAACUAAUGAUUUUUCUUGGUAUGGUGUUUUGAAGUUAAGAGCAUGGGCUAACUGUGUAGAGAAUUGCGAUGUUUGCUAAGACAAUACUAAUUGCAGCAGUUGUCUUUAAGGGUUUGAUAGGUAUACACUACAAUCAGGAUAAAAAGUAUGUGAAUAAACUUACAAUUGCAACAUAAACAACUGUUUUUCAUGUAUCAAAAGCUCUCCUUCUUCUCUAACAGCUACUUGUGUUAAAUGCCUACCAGGUUAUUCCUUAGAUGCUAACAAUAAUUGUAUUGCAAAUUCUGGAGGGGCUUGUCCUGCAAACUAGUAUUAAUCAACGGUUUCAGGUUGCUAAACCUACAGUACUUAAUGUUACAUGUAAAAGCAAAAUACUUACUAUACUUGGUAAACUUGCCCAGGAUAAGUUAAUUUAUCUAAAUACAAAUGCUUACAUUCUUAGUCUAUUCUUAUCUAUGAACAUAAAAAUUAUUCACUAUAUACAUGUGGUUGUCCUGUCAAUAAUUGCAUUUAAUGUCCAAAUCCAAGCUAAUGCUCUUAGUGUUAAUUAGGAUAUACUUAUGAUCCUGUCUCUAAAAUUUGUAAUUUUGUGACAUGCCCUGUAUUGUAUUCGCGUGAUCCUUAAACAGGACUAUGCAUUAAAAAUUGUAGCGGAAAUGAUUGUUAGUAAUGUGAUUAAAAUCAAUAAUGUACUUUAUGUAACCCUUCAGAUAAUUAUUAUAUAGUAUAGGCAAAUCCGGUCAACUGCGCUUUGUGUACAAUUUAAAAUUGUGCAAAAUGCUCAGGAGAGGGGCUUUGUUAGCAAUGCUAAGCAAAUUUUUCGUUAAGUUCAGACAGAACUGCUUGUAUUCCUUGUAAUGUCAACAAUUGUAGUUAAUGUGUAAUUGGUUAAUCUAGUUUAUGUUAGACAUGCAUAACUGGUUAUAUUUAAAGCUCUGAUUAAACUACUUGUUCAUGUUCUGUGUAGAAUUGUUAAGCAUGCAAUUCUUAAGAUGGUACAAUUUGUGAUUUUUGUGUAAAUGGUUAUUUAAUUAGUUUAGAUAAAAAGCAGUGUUAAUGCGCUGUUCCAAAUUGUUUUUAGUGCAAUCUUUUAAAUGGCACUAAAUGCUAAACAUGUAUUGGCGGAUAUAAUCUGAACCCUUUAAAUAGCAAAUGUUUAUGUAAUGUUUCUAAUUGCUAAACUUGCAAUUCUUCAAACGGUAAUUUAUGUGAUAACUGCAUAACAAACUAUGCACCAGUAAAUAUAUAAUCUCCAACAUGUACUUGCUAAGUUUACGGAUGCUAAACAUGCUAUCCUCUUGAUGGGCUUAUAUGUUAAAUUUGUUAUUCGAAUUUCAUUAUCUCAUAAAACGGAUCUUGUUUGUGUAAUGUUUAGAAUUGCAGCCAAUGCAGUGCGACAGAUGGAAAUAUAUGUAAUACAUGUGUGAAUAAUUACUUAUUAAAUUCAUCUAAAACAUCAUGUGAUUGCUAAGUAAACAGCUGUAAUUAAUGCGAUCCAAACAAUGGAAAAAUAUGUAUUUCUCCUAAGCCAGGUUAUACCUAUGAUCCUAUAAGCUAAACAAAUAAAUGUAAUUUUGCCAACUGUCAAAAAUGUGACCCAAACGAUGGAAGCAUUUGCUUGUAAUGUUAAAACGGAUAUAACUUUAGUUCGAAUUAAUGUUAGUGUAAUGUUUAAUUUUGCUAAAAAUGUGAUCCUUUAAAUGGGAAUAUCUGUCAAUAAUGCAUUACUGAAUAUCACUUAAAUCCAACUGGUUAAACUGUUUAAUGCUAGCUCAAUUGCAGCUUAGAUAACUGCAAAGAAUGCUAAGAUCCUCCAAAUAAUAAAACUUAGUGUAAAAGCUGUAAUUCUGGAUAUGUAUUAGAUCCAUCUACAAGUUAAUGUGCUUUAACUUAAUGCAAAGUUCCUCAGUGUAGUCAAUGUUAGCAAUAUAAACCAAAUCUAUGCUAAAUAUGUAAUGAUAAAUAUAAUUUAGAUUCUGAUUCUUAAUGUAUUUUAUCAAUAUAGAAUGAUUUCUCUGUUUAGUAAACUGUCAUUUAAAAUGUUGGUUAUAAUGUCACUUUAAUUUUUAAAAAUUAAAUAGUAGCUGAUUAUUAAAACUUUGACAGUUAAUUAAAAAUCUAAAUAUAAGAUUAUGUUAACCCUUUUUAAGUUACCAUCCUUUAGGUUUAAGAAUAAUCAAUCAAAAUUUAACUAAAAUUAUAAGACAAUUGUAAAAAUAAGAACUUGGUUGUUUAGAUGAAAGAUCCUAGCUUUGUUUAGAUUAAUAACUUAGUAGAUCCACAAAAAGAAGUAAAACUUAAUGAAUAUGUAAUUCUUUCAGAAUCUUAAAUUUAAUAGUCAUAAUAAACUAAAUAAGUUGCUUCUGGAACUUCUUCUUCCUUACUUAUAAUGGUGAUACUUAUGAUAGUGAUAGGAAAUACCUAUGUUCUUUUUAGCACAAUAGAUUUAACAACUUUUAUUUAUUUUAUGCUCUUUAUCGAUGUUAGAUAUCCUGAUAAUGUUAUGUCAUUUUGCUCUAUAUUUUAAAAUUUCCAGUUUGCAUUUAUUCCUAACUCAAUAUAAGUUUAUUUUAUGGAUCCAAAUUACACUCAACCAUACACUCCCAAGAAAUUCAUUGAUAAUGGAUAUGAUGCAUAUUUUUUUAACGGAGCAGGAUAAUCUCUUACAACUAUGGCUGGUAUCAUGGCGAUAUAUGGAAUUGUCAAAAUUCUAUCUUAUAUUCCAGUUACUUCUAUUAGAGUAUAUAUAAGAAGUAAAAUCAAAAGUGGAUGGGAAUUUUGUGGCUUUUUUGAUAUGGUUGGAUGUGUGUAUGUUUAUUUAUUAAUAUCUUCUCUAUUAUAGUUUUACAGCUUUUAAUUUGAUGAAUCACUUGCUUUUAUUAACUACACAUUCUUUUCUUUAACCUUUGUAUUCACUAUAAUCUAUCCAAUAAUGAUAACAAUUUUCAUAAAAAAUUGUAAAAACUUAAAUGACCCUUAAAUUCAAAUGUAAUUUGGUUCAAUUAUAGGAGGUUUAGUGAUACCUUAAAAUGAUUAAAAUUCUGAGGAAUAGAACAAAAAACAAGAAAACAACUUGAACCAAUCUAAUCUAAAGAUGUUAAAUGAAAGCAAAUCUUUAUAAAAAAUUGAGCAUGAAAAACUAACCAGAUAAAAAUAGUUACAGUAUAAGUGGAGUAGAUAUACCAAUGUAAUUCUUUAUGCUAGAAAAAUUAUUUAUAUGAUGGUUUUAUUGUAUUUUUAUGGAUAAGUAUAUUUAUAAAUGAUUAUUAUUAAUUCUAUGAAUGUUUUCCUAUCAAUCUUUUAUUUGUACCUUAAGCCAUAAGAAGAAAAAUCUGCUAAUUUAAAAAAUGGAAUAAGUGAGGUGUUACUAGUAAUAAUGUAGGUUACAAUUUGCUUCUUAGUUAAAGAUGAUGAAAGCUAAAGAGAGGAAGAUAGAUUUAACAUAGGAUGGAUUAUAGUUGGUAGUGCAUCUUUAAUUCUAACUAUACAUAUUUUUAGUGUUAUUGUAGAUCUAUUAAAAGGUAUUUAUAAUCUUGUUAAAGAUUUUAUUUGCACACUAAUAAAAUCAAAAGCAGAAAUUGAAAAGUUAAAGUAAGAAAAACUUGCUGAGGAAUAGAAAAAAUAAAAUAAAUUUUUAAGACUUGCUUCUUAAAUUUCGAUUGAUAAAUUAAGAAGUAUGAAGAAAAAAUUAAGCUUAGUUCCUUAGUCAUAAUUAGAUAUAUCUAUGGUAUCAAUAUAAAGAAAUUAAAUCAAACAAAAAUCAAUAAUAGUUUAACCUAGAAAUUAUGAAAGCAACCAUAUCAUAGAACUACAAAAGCAAUCAUAAAAUUGUGACUAGUCAAAUAAACUUUGCCUUAAAGACGAAGAUGACUAAAUUAAAAAAAAUGAAUAGAAAAACAUUUCUUUUGAAUUAAAAAACUAUCAAGACCAAUAAAAAAUGAAUUUAUAAAAUUCAUUUAUCCACAAUAAUAUAAAUAAUUAAACUACUCAUAGAAUACUAUUUUCAGCACCGCAAUCUAUUAAUAUAUCUAAUAAUGAUUUACUAGCUGCUAAAAAUCCAUCAUAAGUUUUUUUAUGA